GGCACAGGCCUUUUAGGGGCGGGGCGAGCUUGCCUGCCAGAAACACUCCCGGUGGCUCCUCUCCCAGCCUCCGAGCGUUUCCAGGCGCUUGUUUCCCAUCAGCCUCUGGGUCCAAACUAACCACGGAUCUCCGGGUCCUUUUCCGGUGUCCUUAAGGUUCUUGGACUCUGCAUGGUUCCCUUUAGCCUGUUUUUGGGCCUGCCACGGUUAAAUGACAGCGAGAAAGAAGUCUAUGCUAAGCCCUGUAAUGAACGUUUCAAGCAAGAAGGAUGAGAAUUUUAGAUCUGGAAGGGUCCUCGCGACAGGAUCUUGUCAAGACCUGAUGGGGAAGUUCUAGAGGUAGGAUUCCUACAAGAGGCGCCUCUAGGAGCUCUUUGGUGUGCUGCCAGGUUGCCAGAUUUCUAAGAAGGAGCUUGAAGAGGAGAAAAGGAGUUUUGCAUAUUUAGAAAUCAAGGUUCAGGAGAAUCUUGACAGUGAACAUGUCUCAUUACAUUGAAUAACAGCUACAGGAUGUUCAAGAGCUGUUCUGGCUUUUCUGGAUUCUGUGCCUCACCAAUAGAGGAAUCCCAUGGAGCAUUAAUUAGUUCUUGCAAUUCCAGAACCAUGACUGAUGGGUUGGUGACAUUCAGGGAUGUGGCCAUCGACUUCUCUCAGGAGGAGUGGGAAUGCCUGGACCCUGCUCAGAGGGACUUGUACGUGGAUGUGAUGUUGGAGAACUAUAGUAACUUGGUGUCACUGGAUUUGGAGUCAACAACAUAUGAGACCACAAAAAUAUUUUCAGAAAAGGGUAUUUUUGAAAUAAAUUUUUCCCAAUGGGAGAUGGAGGAAAAAAGUAAAACCCUUGGCCUUGAGGCAUCCAUCUUCAGAAAUAAUUGGAAGUGCAAAAGCAUAUUCGAGGGACUAAAAGGAUAUCAAGAGGGAUACUUCAGUCAAAUGAUAAUCAGCUAUGAAAAAAUACCCUCUUACAGAAAAAGUAAAUCUCUUACUCCACAUCAAAGCAUUCAUAAUACAGAGAAACCCUAUGUUUAUAAGGAAUGUGUGAAGGCUUGCAGUCAUGGCUCAAAACUUGUUCAACACAAGAGAACUCAUACAGCUGAAAAACACUUUGAAUGUAAAGAAUGUGGGAAGAAUUAUUUAAGUGCCUAUCAACUCAAUGUGCAUCAGAGAUUUCAUACUGGUGAGAAACCCUAUGAGUGUAAGGAAUGUGGGAAGACCUUUAGUUGGGGAUCAAGUCUUGUUAAACAUGAGAGAAUCCAUACUGGUGAGAAACCCUAUGAAUGUAAAGAAUGUGGGAAGGCCUUUAGUCGUGGCUAUCACCUUACUCAACAUCAGAAAAUUCAUAUUGGUGUGAAAUCUUAUAAAUGUAAGGAAUGUGGGAAGGCCUUUUUUUGGGGCUCAAGCCUCGCUAAACAUGAGAUAAUUCAUACAGGGGAGAAACCUUAUAAAUGUAAAGAAUGUGGGAAGGCCUUCAGUCGUGGCUAUCAACUUACUCAGCAUCAGAAAAUCCAUACUGGUAAGAAACCUUAUGAAUGUAAAAUAUGUGGAAAGGCUUUUUGCUGGGGCUAUCAACUUACUCGACAUCAGAUAUUUCAUACUGGUGAGAAACCCUAUGAAUGUAAGGAAUGUGGGAAGGCUUUUAAUUGUGGAUCAAGUCUUAUUCAACAUGCAAGAAUUCAUACUGGUGAGAAACCUUAUGAAUGUAAAGAAUGUGGAAAGGCCUUUAGUCGUGGCUAUCACCUUUCUCAACAUCAGAAAAUUCAUACUGGUGAGAAACCUUUUGAAUGUAAGGAAUGUGGGAAGGCCUUUAGUUGGGGUUCAAGCCUUGUUAAACAUGAGAGAGUUCAUACUGGUGAGAAAUCCCAUGAAUGUAAAGAAUGUGGAAAGACCUUUUGUAGUGGGUAUCAACUUACUCGACAUCAGGUAUUUCAUACUGGUGAGAAACCCUAUGAAUGUAAGGAAUGUGGGAAGGCUUUUAAUUGUGGAUCAAGUCUUGUUCAACAUGAGAGAAUCCAUACAGGGGAGAAACCUUAUGAAUGUAAAGAAUGUGGCAAGGCUUUUAGUCGUGGCUAUCACCUUACUCAACAUCAGAAAAUUCAUACCGGUGAGAAACCUUUUAAAUGUAAGGAAUGUGGGAAGGCCUUCAGCUGGGGUUCAAGCCUAAUUAAGCAUGAGAGAGUUCAUACUAAUGAGAAGUCUUAUGGAUGUAAAGACUGUGGGAAGGCCUUUGGUAGUGGCUAUCAACUUAGUGUUCAUCAGAGAUUUCAUACUGGUGAGAAGCUUUAUCAAUGUAAGGAAUUCGAGAAGACCUUUACUCCUGGCUCAAAACUUGUUCAUGAGAGAACUUGUAGUAAUGAUAAACCCUACAAAUAUAAAGAAUGUGGGGAAGCCUUUCUGUGGACAACUUACUCAAAUGAGAAAAUUGAUACCGAUGAAACCUUAUGAUUGAAAGUUGUAACAGAACAUUUUGUGUGUGUGUACAGACAACUCAUCAUAAUAAGAACUCUUACUCUUAAGAAACCUUGUGAAUGUAAGGGAUGUGCAAAAGCCAUUCAUUUCCGUUGAUGGACAAUUAUCUUGCUAUCUAGCAAUUCAUACUAGUGAGAAAUAUUUUGAAUAUAACUAAUAUGAAAAGGCCUUUAGACUUCUGUACAGUCUUAUUGGAUAUCAAUUUAUACUGAUGUAAAAUCAUUUAAAUGUAA